UCUUUGGAACUAUGAAUAGCACUAGUGAUAAUCAUCAAUAUCCCCACCCUACCGACCAACAAGGAAAAAACACUAGUGAGGAAAAUAGCAACAAGAGAGGCAAAGGCAAAGGAGGACCUGAUAACAACAAAUUUAGGUACCGAGGAGUUAGACAACGCAGCUGGGGCAAGUGGGUAGCUGAGAUCCGUGAGCCUCGUAAACGGACACGACGUUGGCUCGGUACGUUUGCUACUGCUGAAGAUGCUGCUCGAGCCUAUGACCGUGCCGCUAUUAUACUCUACGGUUCAAAAGCUCAGCUGAAUCUUCAACCUUCAGGUGCAAACGCUACUAGCUCUUCAUCAAAUUCUUGUAAACGUGGCUCCACUUCAUCAUCAUCUACAACACAAACUCUUCGUCCUUUACUUCCUAGACCUCCUUCUGCAUCAUUUGAUUCCUCCUUCUCUUCUUCUUCAACACUACUACCUCCAAACGUAUUAGCUCCUGCUAAUAAUUACGGAUUUUACCCUGCCGUGCAAUAUGUUGACGGCAUGUCACAAAAUCCUCACCAGAAACAAACUUUUGGUGAUAAUGGAUAUUAUCUCGACACUGGAAUGAUGUUAUGUAACGUGUACACGUCAGUGGAUGCCACCGCACCGGUUGUUUCCGAUCCAGUAGCGGCAGUGGCUUCUCCGGAUUUGUGGCCUUCUAUUGUGGAUGACAGCGAUAAUUACCACCCUGCUGAUAUUUGGGAUUAUGGAAAUGAUCCAUUCUUGUUUGAUUUUUGA